AACCCCUUUGGUCCCUUCCACAGCCCAGACAUCAUCACCCACACGCGCUUUGGAAGCCGGCCUGGGUAACAGUGGCUGCUGCUGCUGCGGUAGAGACAGUCAUCUCUUGCGGCGUUCGUUGUGCAAACAAAAGUUGCUCUGCCCCCCUCACCCACCUCUUUGCGCGCAACUCUCGUACAGCAACAGCAGCAAAGGCAAGCCGAGCAACGUCUCAGCGCAAAGUAGAGAUCAUAUAUAUACUGUCUGUGUAGUGUAUACUAUACUCUGUAGUGUACUGUGGAGUUCGGGACUUGAGCAAAAAAAGCCAUACUGUGUAUGUGUCAAUGCAUGUAGCAGUCUAGGAUAGAUUGCUGCUGCUGCUGCUUCUGUUCUUUGCCUGCCGUGUGGAAUGCAACAUCGCGAAGUUGAGCUGCAGAGUUUAACAUGACCGUGCCGUCGUCGCGAGCUGACAUCAAACACUGAGCAACAACCUGCAAGAGGAAGCGAAGGAGGAAGAGGAGGAGGAGGAAAGGGAGCAGGGAGGAGACAACAGCAACAGCAGCAGCAGCAGAAGAUCGGCGGUGGCAUCCCGGGAUGGAGGAGGGCCACUCCCCCCUUAGGGCGCCGGGCGCAACGACUCCAAGGCCGCAGCAGCACGACCGCCUGCUGGUGCUUCUGCUGCUGCUGCUGUGCGGGGUGGUGCGGCCGGGCGUCGGGACUCGCCACGCAUCAUCCUCGCACCCCGGUACCCUGAGCAGCGGCGGCAGCAGCAGCGGCGGCGGCGGCGGUGGCAUCAGCGGUAGCAGCGGCGGCGGCGGUGGUGGCGGGGCAUCGUUCCGCUACCCUUACGCGUCCGGGUCAGUCGGGGCCAGCAAGGGACAGCAGCACCAUCUGGUCACGACUGAGCACCUGCAGGCAGGAGGCCACCACCAGCACCACCAGCACCACCAGCACCACCAGCACCACCACCAGCAGCAGCAGCACCACCAGCAGCAGCGAUCCCGGAAUUGGUGCCAGUACACGGUAACGAAGAUGGUGACGUGUCAGGUGCAAAACGGCUCAGAGACCUACACUCAGCGCCUCUACCAGAGCUGCCGCUGGCCCCUGCGCUGCUCCAACAUCGUCAGGACACUGAUCCGGCCGAUGUAUCGCGUCACCUAUCGAACCGUGUCGGCCUUCGAGUGGCGGUGCUGCCCCGGCUUCAUGGGUCCCAGCUGCGAGGAGGGGUGCUUAAACUGCACAAGAAUAACCGACAUGGCAUCGAGACUGGAAUCACUGGAAGCCAAAGUGGUUCUCCUAGAGGCCGUAGGGCCCCGUGACGCGGUCACACGGAACGAUAUCCCGCUGGCCGGACGGGAGGCCAACAAGAUCCCGCCGGGUGGGGCACAAGGUCCAGCCGGCCCACCAGGCCCCGUUGGUCCGAGAGGAAGCGUGAGUGAGGAUGGAGUUAAACCGACUCCGGUUGACCCACAAUUUGCAGGCCCACCAGGAGACAGAGGCAAAGAUGGAACACCUGGGAAUCAGGGAAACCCAGGCAUACCCGGCUUUCCUGGUCCGCCUGGUCGCCCCGGCCUCCCAGGAAUCGGAGGGAUUGAUGGCCCCCCGGGUCCCGUUGGGCUGCCAGGUCCUCCUGGUCCCCCUGGGCAGCCUGGUGCAAUGGGGGGCAUUGGGGCAGUGGGCUUGCCAGGGGAGAGGGGGGUGACGGGUCUGCCUGGGCCACCCGGGCCCCCAGGUCCCAUCGGAUCACCCCGUCUCUCCGAAGAGUCCGUCCCUUACAUCGAUGCCUCCUCCGCCGGUUCUGCGUUUCAAGGAGUAAAGGCCCCUUCCAGCGACGUCAUCAACGCAGUGAUCGCAGGUCCGCGAGGACCGCCAGGCCCGCCUGGACCACCUGGGUCCCCAGGCCAGGAGGGCCUUGCCGGGCCAAUUGGGCCAGAUGGCCCCGCAGGGAAAGACGGUUCCAAUGGAGCCGUGGGACCACCAGGGCAAGAGGGAUUAAAAGGAGAAAAAGGCGACAGGGGCGAGCGCGGUUGGCCCGGGGAGUCUGGCAUGAGAGGCACGCACGGAGAAAAAGGAAACAAGGGUGAUAUUGGAGAGAAGGGUCCUCCAGGAGAUGGAAUCCAACAGCUACGGGAGGCCCUUAAGAUUCUGGCCGAGAGGGUGCUAAUCCUGGAGCACAUGCUGGGACUGCACGACUCACUCACGUCUUCGGAGUCUGGCUCUGGGGAGGAUUUCCCGACUCCAGCUCCUCCGUCUGCGGCGCUGAGUAAAAUCCGGCGUGGAAUCACGCCCGCUCGACUGCGCCUUCUCCAAACCCUGCCGACACAACAACGCAGAGCUGGGGGGAAUGAGUAAAGAGAAAAAAAAUCAUCAAAUAAGUUAACAAUUAAAGACCACAAAGUCAGUUCACUUCUUCAGUGUUGAUUUUUUUUAUUUUCUCACAAACAGUAAUUAUAACUUGUUUUUUUUUUAAAGACGUAACAUUCUUCGUCAGGUUUUAAUAAUUGUGCGUAAGUUACGCGGCACAACACAAACAGGGACAUUGUUCACGUGUACAUUUCUAUUUUAGUGAGAAGUCAAAUGAAAAAAAAGCAAACAAAAGGGAGAUGAUGCUAAUUGCUUUCGAUGUUUUUGGUAUUGAUAUUACACUUUUUUGUGGUCUAGUACAGUGGUUUCCAUAUAUAUUGAAAGUGCAAUCCAUAACCAUUUUUUGCAGGUUGCAGCACAAAGUUUGGGAGCCACUAUUGAUGCAGUGUUUAGAUCUACUUAUUGUAAAUGUAGCAUGCCUAUCGGACUUUAAAACAAAGAUGUUCAUCCUCAGAUCUGUAUUUUUGAAAACGGUCUUGAAUGCUCAUACGAAAGUGAGCCGUUCCCUUAUUGUGCGUUCCGCCUGUCUGUGCAAACAUAUAUAUAUCACAAGGUGCAUCGAUGUGUAAAAAAUACGUAGCUGAGGCACAGCAAGUUCGUUGUGAAUGGCGUGCCAAAAUAUGAGCCACGCGGGGCCGACCACGGCAUCGAGAGUGCCGAGGUGUCCCCGUGAACAUCAGGGUUUUGUUUCUCGUGUGACUAUGGCACGUCCGCUUCUCGCGCAAGUCUCUUACCUCGAUUUCCACUGCACAACCGAGCCGCAGCUCAGCAGGCGCCGGGGUCGUUUCUCUUUUUCCCACUCCACAACCUGAGCCGUGCCGUGCCGCUGACGCCGCACGCAGUGAACGUGCGACGGUGUCGGCAUCGCACGUUCAAGCGUGCACCGAGUGACCUUGGCGCCGUUUCGACCCCGAGCCAAAUUCAGAUGUCCUGCGAGGCCAGAGUUGUAACGCUCUGUUCCUGAUUCGGCUCGGCAUGUGGCCCGUGGAAAACGAUCCGGUUAAUCCACGGCCCUGCUGGGAGCCGAGUCUAGAUUCAGAUGUCUUGGCAUUCGCCAUAUAGUUGACACUGGCCAAGCCAUCAGGCCCCAUAGUGUAGAAGUGGGGACUCUGCAUCAAUGGUUCCUGGACGCAGACUUCUCAGCAGUGAGCGUUUAGUGAGUAUACCGCACUGACGAGUCCUAAUGAAGAUGAAAAGUUGUCUCUCUCUGUCUCACUGCUGCCUGUCAAUCACAUUUCCUCAAAUUAUACUUGAUGGUCACCUAAGACAAGAGGACUACAAUGCAGUUCUUCGGGAACUGUUGAUGUGUUUUUGCAUAACGGACGCGUGCUUCCUACGCACGGCCCUUCGCGUGCCAUAUGAAACGUCAGACGUCUUGCGAGGCCAGGCUAUUGUGGUCUAAUUCUGGCUCGACUCGGCAAAUAGCCUGUGGUGGAAAACCACCCGUACCGUGACAACCCCCCCCCCCCCCCCCCAAUGCUGGCGUGGCUCAUGCGCCAGUGGGAAAUAAGUAUAACCAGUAAAAACAAAGUUUUUCACUAUAAAUCCUUUAUAUGCGUGGCGGCUAGAGUCCUCUCGUCCUCUGGCUUGAGAUGGCUGCCACCUAUGGGUCAGAUGAUUGCAUUGCACCAUUAAGCAAUUGGUAAUUAAAUAGAAUAUUUUAGUCCUAAGAAGUGUAAAAUUUUGGAAAAAAAAUUUUCACGAACAUUAAUUGUCACGCACAACGAGUCUGUGUGGAAAAUGUCAGUUCGAUUGGAUCACGGGAAGUGGGUUAAAAAACGACCGAAAGAUUUGCACGGUUCUAAGCAAGCAAGCAAGCGAACUUAAUAUAAAGGAUUUUAAAAAGGUGGUUUGGUGCGAAUAUGCCGAGGUGCGCAUCCCCACUUGGCGUCAUUGGUAACGUCGGUGGCGUCGGCGUUGCAUCUCGGGUACAGGCGCAGUGUCGGCCGCGCUCGACUCGCACCGAGUCUCGGCGAGGGACUUUCAUCUUCUUCUUUCUCUGACGUUUUAUUCCACGGCUCCCCAAAAAAAUAUCUGCUGGAAUGUGUACGUUCCAGGAGUUACAAUACUGCAACUUUUACCAAGAGGGGAAGGGGGUAUAGGGGGCAGGGGGAGAUGGGGUUUAGGUGGGUGGAGGAAAAGUGGAGGGUAAAAGUGAAUCUCCUAUUGCCACUUGUGCAAACGUCGGUACUCAAUUUGCUUUCGUAUUUCAAACGUUUAUUUAGUCCCUUAAAUGAUGAUAUUUUGUUCGACGCACUCGUGCGGUGUACGCGUCUAAUGCUGGGGUGUUUGCAUCGAUACGUCCGCUUUGCAUUGAUUCCGCUCGGACGAUUGCAGUCUCGGCGGGCAGUUUCACGGCGGUGGCAACACAACCGUUGUCUUUCUUUUUAAAGCUUUCAUGACUGCAGGGAUUCAUCUUCUUGGUUCUUUCGGAAAAGUCACGUAGAAUGGAAAUAAUACAAUAAUAAAAAUAAAACAUAGUAAAAUCAUUCUCGCGACGUUUCGGCCACAACGCAAGCAGCCGUCCUCAGGUCUGUCGAGAAGACAUAGUCUAAAUGACUCUUCAGACUCUGUCUUCUCGACAGACCUGUUCCCCACAUGAGGACGGCUGCUUGUGUUGUGGCCGAAACGUCGUGAGAAUUAUUUUAUUAUGUUUUAUUUUUAUUAUGUUUUUAUUUCCAUUCUACGUGACUUUACCGAAAGAACCAAGAAGAAGAACAACCGUUGUCGUUUUGGACCGCUCCUUUGUUCCACCUGGGCCUCCCCCCCCUCCCUCCCCACCUCUGCUCUCAUGACUGUCACCGUUGGUGCGAGUGUAGACUUUCCAGUCAUACUUGAUGUAGAUUACGAUGUAGUAAUAUACUAAAGUUGGAAUUAUAACUGUGAGAUAUAAACCCUUUUUUCCGCCCCCCCCCCAACCCACUACCCAGUGAAUAUGUUUAUUCGUCUUGUUAAAUUGCUUUGUAUUGCACCAUAUUAUUACAACGUUUCAUACACAAGUCCCAAUAAUGGGUACUGAUGAUAUUUUCUACGAUGUAACAGAUCAACUUCAUGUUUCUACCAAAAAAAAAAGACCAUUAGUUACACUCCGAGGCCGAGAUUAUUUAGUCAUCAAAAUGAGCCAUUUAGGGUAAAACAUUAAAACUCAACAAUACUGUUAUUUUAUCCAAAUAAGCCUGAAAGGCCCUAUGAAAUGAUUUAAAGCUUCGUCCAUCAUUUUCUUUAUACUUUUUUCCACUUUAUUUUAUUAACUCACAAUUACUGUGGUCAUAUAAUACAAGGAUUAAAUUAGUUGGCAAUGCUCUCAGAACAUUAUUGUACUGUACUAUAUAUAAAUAAAUUCAACAAAGUGUCAUUUGCAUUGCUGGCCAACACACCUUGCUUUAAACCUUGUGCGUUGAUGAUGUUAAGAUUAAAUGAGAACAAUUUCAAACGGCCGUCUGACAUCGGCACGUCAAAAUACAACAGGGCAAUUGCGAAAUGUUGUUGCGUUGCCAUACCUCUGGACAAUGUGUUUUAAUUUGCCAGCCGAACCCUCCGUAUCAUUGAGACUAAUACAACAGUCUAACAUGCGCACCUGGUAAUGGAGAACAUAAGUCGGUGCUCGAAUAUCUCGAGUUCUAAACGAAAACAGUCUUGGCGUUUAACAAAUGGUGCUAACUCAUCGUGGUAAUGUCGACUUUUAUCACCUAGAACGUGGUUCCUCAACUAUAUUUACCGGCAGGCCACAUUAACAACACCUUGCCGUGUAUUGACAUGCCACGUUGCGUCGCUUGUCGCUGAUGUGUAUCUUAUCUCUCAGUGGGCCACUCCCAAGAAGAGCCUUCUUUGCCUGGCCGCAUCUGGCCUCGCGGGCCUCUUAGUCGAGAAGAACCGUUGGCCUGUAACAGAGCAAUGGAAUCUCGGGCUAAAUUUAUUACUCACAACAAACCGUUGUCCAGAAUCGGUGGCACGUUGAGUGUGCUUUUACACGAAUAAGAAAGAACGCACUGAGAUGUGUCGUGGUGCUUUCAGUCCAGCCAGGAGCUGCAUGAACUGCUUAUACAAAAAAAAUGCACAAAUUUACACUUUGUACAUGUAUUGCCAUUGCUCAUUUUACACUGUUUUGUUAAUGUAUUUUUUUUGUAACAAUAAAUCAUUAAAUCCAAAA